GAUAAGUUCCGUGACAUGAUAGUGCUAAAGUUACGUAAUAGAGGCAAUACUGCAAAUAUGUAAUUACGACAAACAAGUCUAAGCUCGUAACCGAAACAAGUUAAAAACAACUUGCAAUAAGCAUUAAAACGAACAGACACAAUGUGGAAGCCAUUAUUUUUCGUACUGGCAAGCUCAUGGCUAGUGAGCUGCGUGCCUCCCCCACACCCUGCCGUGAUCCAAGCCAGGCGGGAAGAAGAGUUCCUACCACAGUACCUUCGGAGCAGAGCCCUCUACAACCCUCACCUCAGAGAAGUCCUGCCGCUGACAAGUUUGCUCCACAGUGGAGAACAGUUGGUGUACGAAAGAGAAUCAGACAAAGUGCCUCGCAGCAAGAUAUACAACCUUCUGACUCACUCCGGGCUGGUACCGCGUCAGUUCCACCCGCAUCGUCAGUUCCAAUCCCAUCAAUUCCGGCCAGUGCCGCAGUUCCACGCGCUACAGUUCCACAGCCCGGUGUUCCACGACCCGCCCUUCUUCCCCAACCCCGAUGUACUACAACGCUUGUAGAUAUCCGCUAUGAAAUCAAUAGGUUAUUAAUUAUGACUUAAAGUAAACCAUAUUAAGCAGUUAUUGCUCUAUAGUACCCAUUAACCUACAUGUAUACUUAUUUUUAAGUGUUAAAGUGUGUUAUGUAGUUAGUAAACUCAAUUAUCGCGACCUUGGUGUUGAAAACACGACAGUAAAUUAUGAUACACGAUAUAAUGCAUUUCUGUUUGGCAUUGGUUGAUUGGUGUGACCUUGAGU